CCCAAAUUUCCAUUAAGUCUUCAAUUGAGUUGUUGACGUCGGUUGACUACAAUUCCUUCAAAGUCAAACUUAACCCCACCUUAUUUCCAAAUUCUGAAAAUGCCCUUCCCACCCGGCGGCGGCGGCACAGUCGCCUCCUCCUCAACGUACACUACAAUCCCUAUCUCCAUUUCUGAUGUCAUUUCACGAUCAAUCCACAACCUGUCGGCUUUCCUUUCGCGCUGCCGCCCUUGGCCGGAAUUCCUUGCCACUACUUCCGCCAUCGACAUUCCCUCCUCCAUGUCCGACGCCGGCCUCCGUCUCCGCCGGAACGCUAACUACUUCUCGGUCAACUACUCCAUCAUCAUUUCCGCCUGCGCCGCCGUUUCUCUUAUUGGUGCUCCUAUUGCGCUUUUAAUUAUCUUUUCUGUUUACUUUAUGUGGUUGAUUCUCCAUUUCUUCCGGGAAGAUCCGUUGCUAAUCUGGGGCUGCCAUGUAAGCGAUCGGGCCAUUGUUGUGAGCCUGGUAUUGGUCUCCAUAGCGGCCAUUUGGUUCACGGGAGCAUUGAAUAAUCUUUGGAUUAGCAUUGGGAUAGGGCUCUUGGUUUCCGCCAUUCAUGGGGUUUUGAGAACACCAGAGGGGAUUUUUCUUGACGAAAGCGAUGCCGUUUCUAACGGUUUGAUCGCAUCAAAAUCUACACUUUCGAGUCCUCAUGGUGGUGGAAUUUCCUAUAAUCUGCCUUUGUAACUAGCACUCCCAAAUUGGUUUGCUUUUGCAUUUUGUACUUUCAGUGUGAAUAUGAUUUUUCUGAGUGGUUGAGAAGAUACAUUGCGUUGAAUUGAAGAAAAUGAUUUUUGGAAGAAGAUAUUGUUUGUAUGUUUGAGUCUCUUGAAUUUGCAGCAUGUUUGGCAGUGCUUAAAAGCGGCUGUUUUAGCUUCUUUUCUCAACAUGUCUUGGAUUUUUUCUCGUGCGGGUAUUGACUUUUAUUUCUGUAAAGUUGCUUUGUGAGGUUUUCUUAUUUUAUCUUUUAUGACAAAACUGUAUUUUGUGGUU